GCCAUGCUCGCUGCCCUUAGGCGCGCUGUCUCGCAGCAGCCUGGAAUACAUGCGAGGCGUAACUUUGCAGCUCUUGAAUCUCCUUCAAAUUCCGUAAAGUCUCUGCUGUACCGCGAUGACCCCGUCUGCAUAGUUAUGAGCAACCUCCUCGAAAGUGCUGAAUCAAGCGAAGAACAAGUUGCAGUCUUGGAUCCAUCUGUCUUUGCCCAUCCUAUACGUCGUGACAUUCUGUACCUAUGUGUCAACUUCUAUCGAGAUGCUCUCCGCCAAGGUACUGCCAACACAAAGACGAGAGCUGAAGUGCGCGGGUCUGGACACAAAAUUCGACCGCAGAAAGGUUCUGGAAGAGCUCGUCUGGGUGAUGCCCAGUCACCAAUGCUGCGUGGAGGAGGUGUAGCUUUUGGACCCAAGCCGCGUGAUUUCGCGACUCAGUUGCCUCGAAAAGUCCGUCAGAUGGGCCUGCGUGUUGCUCUAUCCGCCAAGGUCCAAGAACGUGCAAUGGCGAUUGUCCCGACUCUCGACUGGCAGGGCGUAAAAACACGCGAUUUUGCGAAAAGAAUCGACGAGCUUGGCUGGACACGCACGCUAUUCGUUGCUGGUGGUGAGAAUGUCCCUGCUCAGAUGGAGCGAGUCUGUCGUAAUGUACCGGACGUCGACGUCGUGAGCGCCUCUGACUUGAACGUGUAUGAGAUGCUGCGUUGGCCGAAACUAGUACUCGACGUGGACGCAGUAUCAUAUCUCGAGCGCCUGCUCAGCAAGAAUGUAGCAGAGGAGGACCGGAUACCUAUGCCAAGUCCGCCCGUACUACGGUAUUCCAGGAUGGAAGCAGGGCGGAGGGGGAAGACGUCGGCGACCAUCGAGGGAGUGGACAACGCAAAACCGAAUGACAUUAGCGAAUCGCUUUUCGAAUCGUCAUAGGGCAUCAGCAUGGAGUUCUGUAGUGUAUUUGGAGUUUCAAUCUUAUAACUAGUCCAUCCAAUGAA